GGAGACGUACGUCCAUCAGCAUGCACUCACGCACACUGCAACAUUCACCAACCACAACGAGGCAAUCAAUCACUGCAUCCGCACAGCAACACACAAACCAUCAUCGCAUCCGUCCAGAAAGACAGACGCAACGAAGCACCCUACCCACUCGGCAACGCCCAGAAGGCCCCGGCCGCUUGACUGAUGGUCUUACAACAUCAUGUCGGUCGACACCUGCUGCUUGCUGGCCGGCAGGGCGGUGAGGUCCGAGAUUUAUCUAGGUAACUAAGAAAUCGUCGUCGUCGUCAGGCCGCAAGGAUAGCUGAAGUUUGCAAACACCGUAACAAUCGCGGGACGGACGCACGGACGGACGGGACGGGACGGGACGGACGAGAAAGCCACACAGAGGGAUCACUCACUCAUCCACUUCAACACCAGCACCAACCAGGAGACUCGAUAGCCUCUUAAAAACGCCACGCCAAUCGUCGACAGACAGCAUCACGGGCAGACCCCAGCUGAAGGAAGGAUCCAUCCCACUCACUGCCAAGGACCCACUGCCAAAGAGGGAAACUUCCGCAUGCUGACGCGAACAAGCUGAUACAUAACGGCCGAUAUCGAUCGCUCGCCGGAAACCGCCGCCCACAGCCCCCUUCCCCUCCCCCCUGCUCCCCUCCCCCCUGGUUGAUAUGCACAUGUAUCUAGGUAGGGCCCUCAGCACAGCAGGGCACGGCAGUAGUCAGGCAACAAACUCUAGGGGCGCAGGACGCCUCAAGAGUGUCUGUUAGGCACAAAGCAGAAGAGGGGCGGGAUAGGGGUAGGCCACAACGGGAUGGCCCCCAUAGACACAAAUAUCAGCCAGCCAGCCAGCCAGCCAGGCCAAGGCAGGCAAGUCCCCCUUUCAGCCAGCCAGCCAGCCAUCCGCACCAGCCGCUCGCCCUCCCCUCUGUCUCUCCCGUCCCCCCUCCACACACCACACGAGUAAAAAGAGUACUGGCACAAUGAAUGUGGCAUGAAUGCACCCGCCCAACAGACCGACUCAUCAAUCCCCCAGCCCGCCAGCCAGCCAGCCAGCCAGCCCCGUCUAUCCACCGCUCCGCUCCGCUCGAUCAGACUUAAACGUCCUCUCUCCAUCUUCAUUCAGACACCCGACACACCAGCCGUCCGUCAUCACCACGCAAUAAGUAGUACUGCUGCAGUGGGCGUCAUUGUCAUCGGUUGCUCUUGGAGAGCUGCUGUGGGCCGGACGGCAGCGGAGGGAACAGGGGCAGGUCCAUGUCGCUGCCUGCCUGGCCGAAUGGCGCCGCAUCAUAGCCUCCACUCGUCCCGUUUUGGACGCGAUAAGCAGUGAAGCCCCCCAGCUGCUGCCCUGCCCCGCCAAAGGGACCGUCAUAUGCCCCUCCCCCUCCGCCGCUGGACUGGCGAUGCGCGUCAAAGCCAAUAGCGCCGUGGCGCCCGGGGCUAUACUGACUCUCGGCGAAUGACGAUGGGCCACCAUAACCACCACCUGCAGCAGGAGCAGGAGCAGGAGCAGCAGCAGCACUAGCAGCUGGGCCAGGAGCAGCCGAUGGGCCAGACGGGGCUGUUGGUGCGCUGGUGCCGGGACGUGGUGGUGGUGGGUAGGAGGGGCGGGGAGGGGGGAACGCGGGCCGUGGAGGGAUGAAGAGGUCACCCUCAUGCCGACCCGAGCUCCCAUUCGCUACGGUCUUGAUGUGCUGGGCAGGCGGCUGCUGGUAUGGCCCCGGCGCGUGCAGCGGUGCACCUGGAGCGGCCCCGUACGACGGCUCGGCAGCCUGACCGAAUCCGGUGCCAAACUUGGGCGGCGAGUAGGUCGGUGGGACAGCAGCAGCAGACGGACCACUGAGUACAAACCCUCCAUGAGCAGCGCCGCUGACGUCCUCAGCGCCAUACUCGCCCUCAGGGAUGCCAACGACGUUGAAGCCCCAGUCGUCCUCCUCCUCCUCAUCGGCCUCGUCACGUGCUGCAUGGGCAUGGGCCUGCGGCUGUUGCUGCUGAGCGUCGUGAGGAUUGUAGCCGUUGGGCGGGCCGGGGCGGGGUGCCGGGGUCGGCCCAUUGCGCUGCAUUGGCGACCCGACAGCACGCCACUCGUCUCUGCGGCCUGACGCAGCCGUGGGUACUUGGACGUCGCUCUCGUCGAUGAAGCCGUGGGAUGGUGGCACAGCCCCCAGGUUGGCCGCUUGGAUGCGCUCGGCCAAGGUGAUCUCCUGACCCCAGGCGUUGCCGCCAGAUGGUCUCAGCCCGCUGCCCGAUGACCACCGUGUUGGCGCCAUGGCGGGUCUAGUGGCCGGCGACGGCACACUCGGUGGUCGUGCGGGUGCCGAUGGACGCGAUGGGGCUGUGGUCUUGGGUAAAGCGGGGUGGGCAGCGAACGUUCUGGGGGCCGGGGUGGUGGUCUUGGGAGUGGUGCCGCUGGAGGCUGAGGCCGAGGCCGAAGCUGAGGCCGAAGCAGAUGCGUGUGAGACGUCGCCGUUGAGUCUUGCCGCCCGAUUCUGCAUGCCCUGCUUGUAGGCCGCUUGUGCCUGCUGGGCGAGCUCGCCCUGCUGCUCGAACACGUAGAGGUGCGCCAGAGGACCUGACCGAGGACACAACACGAUGGUGCGGUGCGAGGGAUACAUCGCGAUGGCUCAUUCAUCAUCGUGUGGGUGUUCUGUGAGAUGUCUUACAGUUGUCCUUGGGUCCUGAGUAUUUGCACUUGGAGGGGCCGCACGUGCGGCGGUCCUUCUCCAUGCACAGCCACACACCCUUGGAGCGCACGAACUCUAGCACUGCAGCAAGACACACACACACACGACAGAGAUACCAUGCACUUCGUCUGUGAUGUGCACGUGUGGUGGUUACGUUCAGCGGGUCUGUUGAUGCGAUUGAACUCGAGCCGCAGCCACAGCGGCACACAGCGGGACUGAUUGCUGCACACACACAGAGGGGAGGGAGGGAUACAUUUCAUUCUGUAUCUGGUGUCGAGCUGCCCGUCCCUCCCUCCCUCACCGGUCGUCCUUUCUGGGGUAUGCCGGGUUCCGCGCCAGACUCGACAGCAGAAACGUCGCACCACGACCUGAAAACGCAUGCGAUAGAUACAUUGUGUGUCCACCGGCUGUACUCCUGGUGUCUUGUCUCGUCUGUCUGUCUGUGUGUACCGUACCUGUGAUUUGGUUGUGUGAGAGGUGCAGCUCCCAUAUCGGCACGGGGGUCUUCUCCACCAGCUGAGCCAGCUCACGCACACCUGAUUGAUGGGAGGGAUGGGCAGGGCAACAACAGAGAGAUGGAUGGAUGGAUGGACACAAUGAGUGGUGCUCUGGGCGUCAGGUCAGGGCUCACCUUCGUCAGUGAUUCGAUUUUUGUAGAACUUGAGUAUCUUGACGUGCAGCUUGUGCUUCAAGGAGAACUCCUGCACACAACGAUCCAACACACCAUCGCCGUGGCGUUGCAUUGUGUAUGAGGGCUGUUGGCAGCUGACCACGAAGAGCUUGACUGAUUUGUCCGUCAGAUUGUUGUUGGACAGCGUGAUGUCUCCAAUGUAAGACGCGAUGCCUAAUUGACAUUGACAAACGGCCGCACACAAGCCUGAUGCGCUGCCGUCCUUCAUCUCCGUGUGUGUGGCAGUCAGUGUACUUGUGGCUGCGGUGGCGAGAGUGUCGUCAAGCCAGCGGAAAAACUUCUCAAUCAUCUGGUCAUCUGAGUCAAAGAAGCAACACCAACAGACGCAGGGAAGAGAAGAGCACUAUGGCCAUAUAUCGCUCCCUCCCAGUGCGUGUCGGCCCCCGUCCGUGCGCUAACCCAUCUUGGGCGAUGUGAAUCCCUCACUGCGGUUCUCCAUGGGGUCCAGCUGACCACAACGCGCACACACACACAAGCAGAGGCACAUUCACUCACUCAGCCACACGCCACACACACCCACGGCCGUACAGGUGCCUGUGCUGGUGUGUGCGGUGCUGCUCACCAUGAUUUUGAGUAUCUUGUCUUUGGUGGAGAGGAAGAUGAAGUCGUUCCAGUCCUCAAUCGUCAGGUUCUCCAUCGCGCCGGAGGCUGUCUGAGCCAUUCAGCCGAUAGAGCACACACCUUCACACACUGGCAGCUGCCCCACUCCGCUCUCCAAAAAUGCACGCGCACCGCUUCUCUUUCCC